AUGAUAAGAGUAGGCAUGGACGCGGAGGCUUCAUACGAUUAUCUUCUGACGUCUGAGUAUGCUUCACUUCUGGCCAUGGAAUUUGGCUGGAACCCCGUCGUCGAUGAUGAAGCGGCCUUCGACAUAUACCCGCCGCCUUCUCACCCUGAGCCCUCAACUCUCCCCAUCCGUCCGCCCGUAGUGACAAUCAUGGGGCACGUUGACCAUGGUAAGACGACGUUGCUGGACACGCUGCGGUCCACGUCCGUCGCAAAAGGCGAGGCGGGUGGUAUCACGCAGCAUAUCGGUGCCUUCUCUGUCCCCGUGCCCGCCAGUGGCAGCAGCGGCGAUGCGCGAACUAUCACGUUCCUAGACACACCAGGGCACGCUGCUUUCUCAGCCAUGCGUGCCCGUGGUGCCGGCGUGACGGACAUUAUCGUCCUCGUUGUUGCGGCGGACGACGGCAUCAUGCCGCAAACGCGCGAGGUGAUCGAGCUCAUCAACAAGGAGAAGGUCAGUGUCGUCGUGGCUAUCAACAAGAUCGACAAGCCUGGUGUGGAACCGAGCAAGGUAGAGACUGCUCUGUUGGCGGCGGGAGUGCAGCUGGAGACGUUCGGCGGAGAUAUCCCCUCCGUACAGGUCUCAGGAAUCACUGGGCAAGGGCUGGACCAGCUCGUCGAGACCAUUUCCGCCCUAGCGGAGAUGCAAGAUCUUCGGGCGGAGCGGGAAGGUCUCGUACAAGGCUAUGUCAUUGAGUCCAAGGUUCAGAAGGGUCUUGGACCUGUGGCUACCGUCUUGGUCCUACGAGGAUGUUUGAAGCCGACUGACCAUAUCAUCGCUGGCCUCGCUAAUGGCAAGGUCCGCCUGCUCCAUGAUUCCAAUGGGAAGCCCGUGAAGGUCGCGUAUCCCGGGAUGGCCGUUACUGUCUCAGGCUGGAAGGUGCUGCCGAAUGCAGGAGACGAGGUCCUCAAAGGCAGCGACUCGGAUAUCAAGAAGGCGCUCGCAAAUCGCGAGCGCAUGGCCGAUUUGAAUGCCACGCUGGGCGACGUCGAGCUCUUGAACGAACAACGGCGGCAGGAUAGGGACCAGAAGGAGAAGGAAACGGCUGCAACUAAAGCCAGCAAAGAGCUCGAGGAGGAUCGCAAGGAAGACGGCCCGAAGGAGCUGCGACUGAUCAUUAAAGCGGACGUUAGUGGUAGCGCAGAGGCCGUCGCGGGUGCGCUGCAGGGGAUCGGUAACGACAUCGCGCGAACCAAGAUCAUCGCGACCGCCGUAGGCGAUGUGACCGAGUCGGAUGUCAUGAGGGCGAAGGCUGCGGGGGGCUUGAUCGUCGCCUUUUCGGUCGGCGUCCCUCGCCCCGUCCAGAGCGUAGCUGCCUCGCAGCACGUCCCAUGGAUCACCUCGACGAUUAUCUAUCGUCUGAUGGAGGACGUGACGGCGAAGGUCAUCGAGCUGCUCCCGCCGAUCGUCGAGAAGCGCGUGACGGGAGAGGCGAACGUGCUGCAGCUGUUUGACAUUCAUGUCAAGUCGAAACAGACCAUGAAAGUCGCGGGAUGCCGUGUGUUGAAUGGCCUAGUGGAGAAGACGAAGAUGGCGCGGGUGAUCCGCCACGGGGAGGCAGUUUACGAAGGUCGUAUAGAGACGCUGAAACAGUUCAAGAAGGACGUAACCGAAGUCUCCAAGGGCACGGAGUGCGGCAUAGCUUUCGGAUCCUUCAGCGAUCUCCGCGAAGGAGACAUCGUUCAGACGUUCGUACGAAUAGAGAAGCCAGGCAUUCUGUAA